CGUAGCCAGUCAGCCUAAGCCAUUCCCGGCCAAGUAGGAAAGGUUUCCAUUCUAUUUAAGCAGAUCAAGGCGGAGCGGAGCAGUUCGGCAAUCAAUAUCCAAGUCGUAAAUCUCCUGUCCACAAUUCCGUUGCGGCGAUAAACUAAAGUUGGUUCCGCUUAUUGCCCGCUGUUGGCAAUCAAUUCUAGGUUUUUGGCAAUCUCAAUCUUGUGUCCUGACCAACUUUAGUUUAAGUGGAAUGACCCAGUCGCCGACACCACCACUUUCGCGAUUGAUCGAGUGUGUUUGCCGUCCACAGUAGAAUUGGGACUGAAUCUCACCUGGCAUUCCAAUUCAGUUCCGACUUGCUGCUUCUUCACGUAUCUGGGAUUGGGAGUCUUCAAAGGUAAGAAACGCACCUUGCGUUUUUCCUUCCGGUGUGUGUGAACUGCUCCUGAAUUUAUUUCUUGGUUUCCCUCUGAUUUAGUGAUUUUUUAGCAUGGGGCUUUGUUGAUAUAUGGUACUGUCUCUUCCUCUCUCUAUUUUAGGGUAUUUUUAGUCUCAAAGGAGUAAACAUUGCCCUCGUUGGGCUUUGUGAUUCGUUCGUGUUUCUCUCUUUUCGUUUAUUUUUGGAAUUAUGAAGUAUUGAAGUUGCUGAUUGCACAUAAAUUAUUUUGUUUUUGGCUGUAAAAUAGGGCCAUUCUCAUAUUGGUUUUGCCUUUCACAUUGGCAAAGUUGUGUAUUCUGCUCGUUGGUUUGUAAUGUAGACAAACCCAGUGUUCCAGUUUUUUCUUUGUGCUGUUCGUUGGGAAACGUGAUGAUGAUAUAAAGAGGAGAGUAGGGUGGCGGCCAAGUUGGAGGAAUGAUGGCCUGUGAUGAUGAGAAUGAGAAUCAUGAUAACGUUAAAAAAAAAAUACCAGUCUUUUGAGAUAGAUAUUUCCAUGUUAUAUUCAAGCAAACAAGCAGGUCUUAAUAUGUGACCUGGUAGCAAUGAUUUCUGAUGGUUUUGAAGUCAGAGUUCUCUUACACUGGAUGUCUUCCUUUUCUGUCGUUUGUCCUACCUAUAACACAUAAAGGUUCUGUCUUUACUUGUACAUGAUUUUUAUGUAGCUUUUCUCUUAACUACAACGCAAUCAUUGAAACCAUAUUGGCUUUUGAGGAAAAAACAAAAUAAGUUGAAACUGGAAGAUGGAACCCACCAACAGUACUGCACCGACAAGGGAAAGGUUAGUCAUCCGUAAAUGUGAUUUUAUAUUAUCAACAGAUCGGCUCACUUUAAUAGCCAUUGUUAUUUCAUUUUUUACAGGAAUGACCUUAGGGUAGGGCCAAAUGUGGAGGAGACCUUUACUGAAAUGGAAAAAGGAGUAGAAGUUGAACAUGGUCGUGUGAAUGAAGAGGGAGAAGGAACCGCACAAUCUGUGGCAAAUGAAAAUGGGGAAGAAGAAGAGACAGAACAAUCUAUUUACGUUGACGAUGUGGAUGAAGAAGAAACCGAACAAUCUAUUCAUGUUGAGGAAGAAGAAUGGGAAAAUUUAUCGAAGUUGAAGGCUACUGAUGUCUACAAAAUGACUUUUGGUAGUUUGCAGGAUGGUGAAGCUUUCUAUAGGAGAUUUUCCAGAGUAAUUGGGUUUGCAACUAGAAAGAGUAAUACUCGGUGUGAUAAAAAUAAAGAAAUCGUGUCGCGCAAGUGGGUUUGUUCUGGUGCAGGUUUCAGAAUAAACAAAACUACAGACAUAAAAAUAGAACCAAGGGUAGUAACGAGGUUUGGUUGUGAAGCUUAUAUGCUUAUCACUUUGAAGAAGAAGAAGAAGGACAUGAGAUGGCAUGUUACUCGGUUUAGAAAUGGGCAUAAUCAUCAAUUAGCUCCCUACCAUCAAGUUCAUCACCUUAGAUCACACCGUGAGUUGAGUAAAGCAGAUGCAUCACUUGUCUCAAGUUUGAAAUCUGGCGGGUUGAGGCCCUGUCAAAUCAUGAAUGUUGUGUCCAAUGCAGCUGGUGGGUAUGCUAAUGUGGGGUAUACGAGGCAAGACGUAUAUAACUAUAUCGAUAGGUGCCAAAAAGAAAACAUCAGCAACGGUGAUGCUACAGCUGCACUGAGUUACUUGAGUUGUAAAAGCUACAAUGACAAUGGGUUUUUAAUGAAGUUCAAAGUUGGUGAUGACUCGAGACUGGAGAAGUUAUUUUGGGCGGAUAGCAUAAGCAGGCUAGACUUUGGAUGCUUCGGUGAUGUGUUAUCGUUUGACACUACAUACAAGAAAAAUGCGUACAAUAUGCCUCUAGUGAUAUUCUCAGGUAUAAAUCAUCACAACAACACGUGUGUGUUAGCAUGUGCACUCUUGAACAAUGAAAAUGAAGAAUCCUAUAAUUGGGUGUUAGAAGCCUUCGUGGAAGCAAUGGGUAAGAAGCCUAAUGUCGUUGUCACAGAUGGAGAUAAAGCAAUGGCGAAUGCUGUUAGUAAGGUUUUCCCUGAUGCAACCCAUCGUUUGUGCUCAUGGCAUCUGUUUGGUAAUGCAAAGGACCAUGUGAAGGAUAAGAAUUUUCUUUUCUCGUUCAAGAAAUGCAUGUUUGCUGAUUGUGGGAUUGAGGAGUUUGAAGAGAGGUGGAGGUCAUUGAUCACCAAGUUUUCAGUUGAGGACAAUACCUGGAUUGGAAACACUUAUGAGAAACGGCGAGAGUGGGCAACUGCAUACUUAAGAGAUAAGUUUUUUGCUAACGUCCGGACGACAUCUCGUUGUGAAGGGCUCAAUUCAUUCAUUAAGAAGUACGUUAGUUGUCAGCAUAAUCUCCUGGAGUUUGUGAAUGAUUUUGAUCGAGCAUUGCGGCAUUUCAAAGAGAAUGAGGUUAAAGCAGACUUCAAGUCCAACUAUGGAACUCCUGAGCUAAGAAACACAUGUUUGAGAUCUCUCGAAAUAAGUGGUGCUAGUGUUUACUCAAGGGAGGCAUUUUUUACAUUUCGGGAGCAGCUCGAAGCAUCUAAUGGAUGCAUUAUGACCAGAUCUUUUGAAAGAUCUUCUCACCGUGUCUAUGAGAUGACAAUGUAUGAAGACUCCGAGGUUGUCAUAGAAGUUACAUAUCAACCAACCACAUCAGAAAUGGAGUGCAGCUGUUACAAGUUUCGUAGUACCGGUAUGCUCUGUGCACACAUGAUUUAUGUAUUACGGGAGCAGAGAGUGAAAGAGUUGCUUUCGGAGUUGGUUUUGCCGAGGUGGAGAAAAGACCCAAAAGGUACUAUGGAAAAACUUCAAAGAAAUGACACUCCAUCGGAGGAAGAAGAACGCAUAUGGAGAUCUGGCAUUAUACAAUACCACAACUUACAAUUGACAUCCUUAGCUGCCGAAUCUCCAAGUAUGUUCAAAGUUGCUCGUGCAGAGAUUUCAGCAUUGUGUGCGAAAUUGAAGGGAAUGAGUACUCUUAGUAAAGGUGCUUCCUCAGAGCCUGCUGAAGAUGAUCACGGUGAUGCAUCUGAACGUUAUAAAGAUGUUAAAGAUCCGAUAAAGACACGAUUUAAAGGUGGUCGGCUGACUAAGAACAAGAAGGGGAAGGUCAACAAAUCGAGACAAUGUGGCCAUUGUGGUGCUUUUGGUCAUUAUGCCUCAACUUGUAAAAAUCCUCCAAAAAAUUGGACGAACAGUUCGAGUGAGCAAGUUAGAAACAAGAGAACAGAAAAGGUUGAGGAAGAGGACGAGCUUGAAAAUGAGGUCGAGGAGGACCAGGACGACGAGGAAGAGGAAGUGGACGCGGAUGACUCUCAGUAUGACGACGAGGAUGGGGAUGAUGAUGAAGAGGAGGAGGACGGCGAUGACGACGGCGAUGCUUGAAGUAAGUAAUAUAUCUUUUGCCAGUGGUAUCUUUCGGUCAAUAUCAAUUGAGCAAUGGUUUAGCUUUUCAUCUAUCUUUUUUCCUUUCUUGGACGCUAUCUGCUAUAUAGGAUUCUUUCGUUCAAAGUAGUAUAUUCAAGGAUCCAAUACCUGAAGCACUCACGUUAAAAGUAGUGUUUUCAAGAAUAUAGGUAUGCUUAUAGUGGUUAUAAUGUUAUUCAUUUCAGGUAAUGCAAUCAAAUGGAACUAUCCCCCUACGUGUGUCUCUAAAUUCUGGAACUGAAAGCAAAAGCAUCUAGCAUAGAUAUGCUACUUUGAAUUAUGUAAUAUGUACUCUAGCUCGCAAAUUCUUGGAAAUUUCGUAGUUAAUUAGCUGGUGGACAAACUUUGAUCAAUCGGAUCUAGCACUCUUAGUUAUUUAUUUGGUCAUGCUUUGAAAUUGGUUCAUGAACGCCCAUGAGCAGUAUUGGACCAGUUAUGUUUAAAACCUUUUUCUAAUAAGGUGAUAGUCUAUUUGAUUAUAGCAUGUCGACAACAUUUCUAUUGAAUUUUUCCACCUUUUCAUCACACAAAAUUUUGAUAUUUGGAAAUUUUACUGACAUUUUCUUCCAUUUGCGUGAGUAAACAAUCAUGGGGCCAAAACAAAACUUCAUUCAAGUUGAACUUCUCUCUUUUUACAACCAUUACAUUUGGGUAGUGUUAAAAUUAGAAGCUUGAUUAAGAAUUUCGUGUUAGAUAACUCAUUGAUCAUAUUCAUGAUAUCUGAGUGGGACAUCAAUGGAAACUUAAUAAAAUGAUAUAAAUUACAACACCCAUCGAGGCGCAGAGUGUGGGUAAAAAAAACCUAGGGGUCGUUUGGAUGGAUCUUUUCCAAAAUGAGGCAAUUUGGUACAAAAGUCUCAUUUUGGAAAAUGAGUUAAUUGGGUGAGGAAAUUUACACAAAUUGUGCCGUUUGGAAUGGAUAGUGGGAUUGGAAAAUGUAGGUGAGUCAUUCUUGGCGAUUUACCAAUUUACCCUACCCACCCACCCACUAUCACAAUCCACAUACAUAAUAGCUUCUUCCUCACCCCCUCUUCUCACCCACCAAUUUCCUCUUCUUCUCCCCCCCCCCCCCCCCCCCCCCCCCCCUACUCGUUUUCCGACCACAGAUGCCAACUCCAGCUUUCGAAUGUCCUCUUGGACAAAGUCAAGCGAUGCCACGAUUGGAUUAACGCUCUCCUGUUGGAUUAAAUCUAGAAUUAGGUCGAUUAGAGGAGUGGAAGGACUCUGGCUAUGGAUGUAAAUUUGGGAUAGGUUCGAUUUGGGAGAUGAUCUCGAUGAGGGUGAGGGAGACGUCACCAUCGACUUCAAGGAAAGCGCUGAGAAAGCUCCUGAGUAGUGAGCACAAGGAAUGGCAUCCCGCUGCUGUGCACAAGCAUUAAAUGGCGAUUUCUGUUUUUCUUCUUCUUCUUCUUCUUCUUCUUCUUCUUCUUCUCGAACUCCACAGGCAACAAACCCAGUAUUCCUCUCCAUUUAUUUGUUUCCUCUUUGGAAUCAAUUAUUAUUGUUGCAUGUCGGAAAACCAUAGCUUAUCGUCGAUGAUGGGUUGGUCUUUAUUGGUUCCUCAGCUUCACCAUUAAACGAAAGAGAAGGCAGAGAAGGCCAAGAAAUGGAAAAAAGAAAGAAGAGGAAAGAGAAAGAAAAGGGGUUAUAUUGGGAAAGGGGAAGGAUAAAACGAGACAAUUGCAAUUGUCUACCCCCACCCAGGUAAUUGCAAUUGCUCCAUAACGGAACAAUCUGAAUUCCCCCAUGUACAAUUGUCUCGUUCUCAUUUUAUUUUGCCAAAUGGGUCAAUUUGUCUCAAUUGUCUCAAAAUGGGUCAAUUGGGUACAAUUGCUCCAUCAUAUUGCUUCAUCCAAGAGACCCCCUAAUAAAAUUGUAAACGAUAG